AUUGAUUCACUUUGUAAAUUCUAAUCCUAAAUCUGUAACAUACUACUGAUAAAAGUAUAAUAUACAUGACAUUUCUACUACUACUAAUACUACUAUUUAACAUUACUUUAGGAUAAUCAGAUUAUACUGGGCAUAAGAUGAUUGAUAUUGAAUUCUAUGGAAUGGAUUAUAAAAUGAAUUCAAGUGGAUUAAUAUAAAACUUUAAAUAGAAAAGAACUGAACUUACUUAUACUCUGUUACUCCUCGUGAAGGAGCAAAAGCUGCCCACCGGCAAUCUCUAUUCAAGAAUUGAACUUACUUACAGUCUGUUACUCUUCGUGUAGGAGUAAAGGCUGCUCAUCAGCAAUCUCUAUUCAAGAAUUGAACUUACUUGCACUCUGUUACUCCUCGUGAAGGAGCAAAAGCUGCCCACCGGCAAUCUCUAUUCAAGAAUUGAACUUACAAAAUUGAAACAUGUUAUUAUUACAUAAUUAUAUCCUUUCUAUUUUAUACUUAAUACCUUAUAUAUAUUGUAUUGGACGUGGUUUUUUUAAAUUAUCUUCUAAUUCAUAUAAUGAAUGGAAUCCUUCAACACAACUAUCUUCUUCAUCAAUAGGAUCAUCCAUCUCAUUACCAUAUUCAAGUGAUACAAAUUCAUAUGCUUAUUGGAAUUGUCAUACUAUUCCACCUAAUAUGACAUUAUGUAAAAGUGUAGGUUAUUCACGUAUGGUAUUACCAAAUUUUUUACAUCAUGAAUCAUUACGUGAAGCUAUACAACAAGCUAAUGUAUGGAUUGCAUUAGUGAAUACAGAUUGUCAUCCGGAUAUUCAACGAUUUUUAUGUUCAUUAUAUGCACCAGUUUGUUUAAAAAGUCAUCAAGAAGCUAAAAUACCACCAUGUUGGGAAUUAUGUAAUCAAGUACGUAAUGCAUGUUUACCUAGAAUGAAAUUAUUUGGAUUUGAUUGGCCAGAUAUAGUACAUUGUCAACAAUUUCCACGUUUAGCUGAAAGUAUGUGUAUACCACCACAAGAAAAAAGUACAGCGGUAACAUGUGUACCUUGUGAACAAGCAAUUACUUUAGAAAAUAUUGCCAGUAGUUAUUGUAUGGCUGAUGUAGUUCUUAAAGCUUCUGUCAAAGAUAUGAGUUUACAACCGAAUCAAGCAUCAAUCAUAUUAAAUUUAACACCAAGAACUUUAGCAUUAAAAUUAAUACGUAAUGAUGGUACACAAUUAAGUAAUAUUGAUCAAUAUCGUCGUAAACGAAAUAGUCGAAGAACAAGAACAAAAAGAAGAAGAAGAAGAAGACGUAAUCACUUGAAUAAUCAUAAUAAUGAACUGGAUCCAAUGUAUCAAUUAAGAACAAGAAGAGAAUUGAAAGUACUCAGACAAAAUCAAUACAAGUCAAAAUUAAUCAAUGUCAAUGAAGGACUUCAUCAUCAUCAUCAUCAUCAUCAAAGAAUUGAAUCUAAGACUAAAAUAAAACGACAUCGACAACCAAGAAAUUCACAAUUACAUGAUUUAGAUGGUAUUAAUGAAUUAAUUUUAAGUUGUUCAUCAUGUAAUCCAUUAUUACCAUUUAUAAAUGGACAUUUCACUUCAUCAUUAUCAAAUCAAAAAUGGCUUAUUAUGGGUAGACGUAUACAAGAUUCAAAUACAAAAAAAUAUACGAAUCAAUUACAAGUAACUUUCUUAGGUUUAUGGAAUCGUGAAUCAAUUGAAUUUCGUCAAUCAUUGAAUGCUAUUCGUAAAGAAUCAGCAUCACAUUUAUGUAAUAAAAAUCAAGCAAGUCUAUCUAAUCUAGUUCAACCACAAACUAUACAAAAUCAUCAUCAACAACAUCUUGGGAGACCAUUAAAAAUUCUACGUUCAGCUCCAUCUGAAUUAUCUGAUUCACCAAAUUAUAAUGAAUUCAAUAAACCAUUAUCUAAAUUAAAUCUAAAAACUAAAUUAAACAACCAUCACAAUUAUCAUUAUCCAUCUCAUUUAUCUACAAAUCAGAAUACUACUAAUAAUGAUUUCAGUAGUCAUUUUAAUCUUGAAUUAAAUAAUGCACAAACUACUUAUUUAAAUGAAAUUCAUCAAUUACAAAGACAACAUCAACGACCACAACAACAAAGAACACACAAAUCAAAGUUUCGUGAGCGUAGAAAAAAAUGGAAAUCAUCAACAGACAGAGUUUUGUUGAAACCUAAUUCACAAAAUCAAUAUGAUACUAAUCUUUAUGGUUAUCAAUCACCAAUAAAUCCUUAUUCGGAUUAAACAAACCUUCCAGUUUUAUAUUCUGGUUUGAUGUGUCAUAACUAUCUAUCAUUAGUUAAAUAAUUAGACUCUUAUAUACAGGGUUCUUAUAAAGUUAACCUUAACUUAAUACCUACAAACAAGUUCAUAUAUAUAUUCCCCACCCCUUCCUUCGAUUUGUUUGUAUUAUUACUGUUGUUGUUGAUAUUCUCAUUCAUUGUUGAAUAACAACUUCAUAAAAUGAAGACAUUAUGUACACAUUCAUACAUACCUACACCCCAUAUAGUAAUUUUUAAUGCACAUUUAUAUCGAAUUUAGAAGAGUAUAGAAGGAAUAUAUUUGCCACAAGUUAAAUAAAUUCGUUAUAAAGAAUUACACUACUUAAUUAGAAAUAUUAGUAGUUAAAUUAUUGUAUCAAAACAAAACUUUGCUUCUAUCAAAUUGUUUGUCUUCUUUUUUUGGUUGCUACCUCAUUAUCAUUAUCCAACGUAUACAUAUAUACAUAUAAUAAUUUCAAUUGAUUUGUUUACCUUCAAAUAAACUUUGAACGUUUUUCGCACAAACCAUAUCAUUGUAAAUUAUAACAUAUAACUCUAACAAUAAAAUGAAGGAUAUUUUCU